AUGACGGAAAUAUUCAACCCGGCCCCCGAGCCCCCGACGGAGCUCGGGCGGUAUCGCAUCCUAUCGUCCACAGCCGGAGUGCGUGUGUCGCCAUUGCAGCUGGGCGCCAUGAGCAUCGGCGAAGCGUGGAAGGGGUUCAUGGGCACCAUGGACAAAGAGCAAUCAUUCAAACUGCUCGACGCAUAUUUCGAGGCAGGCGGCAAUUUCAUCGACACGGCCAACAACUACCAAGACGAAGACUCGGAGAAAUGGAUUGGCGAAUGGAUGGAAGCCCGCGGCAACCGAGACCAAAUCGUCCUGGCGACAAAGUACACGACACCAUACCGCAACUACGACAAUGGGCCGGCGAAACCGAACGGAAAACCCCAAACGGUCAACUACUCCGGCAACAGUCGGAAAUCCCUACACCUCAGUCUACGGGACUCACUCAAGAAGUUGCGCACCGACUACAUCGACCUGUUGUAUCUUCACUGGUGGGACUACACGACCUCAAUCGAGGAGAUUAUGGAUUCGCUCGAUAUCCUAGUCAAGCAGGGCAAGGUUUUGUAUCUAGGCAUUUCCGACAGUCCCGCCUGGAUCGUGAGUGCGGCCAACGAAUAUGCCAAAGCACACAACAAGACACCCUUCAGCGUCUACCAGGGUCGCUGGAACGUGAUGCUCAGAGACUUUGAGCGCGAUAUCAUCCCUAUGGCACGACAUUACGGCAUGGCUUUGGCGCCCUGGGAUGUCUUGGGCGGUGGUAAGUUUCAAACUAAAAAAGCUCUCGAGGAACGCAAGAAGCAAGGUGAAGGUCUGCGUGCCGCGUUUGGUCCGUCUGAACAGACGGAAGUCGAGGUCAAAGUCAGCGAGGCUCUUGAACAAGUCGCUGCAGAACAUGGGAAUUGUUCUAUCACUGCGGUGGCCCUGGCGUAUGUCAUGAGCAAGGCUACAAACGUCUUUCCCAUUGUUGGAGGUCGCAAGGUCGAACAUCUUAGGGACAAUAUCAAGGCGCUCAGCAUUAGAUUGACGGACAAGCAAAUCGAGCAUUUGGAGAGUGUUGUCCCGUUCGAUAUUGGAUUCCCGAGCAACUUUAUUGGGCCGGAUCCUCAUGUUACGGGAAAGCCGUUUGGGUUGUUGGCGUCGAGCGCUCAGUUUGCUUUUGUCAAGGCUCCAAAGCCUAUCGGUCAUGAAUGA